AUGAGGUUCUCAAAUCUGAUUGUCACCCUUCUCCUCGGCCUCGGGGUCACAGCCAGCACUGCAUGGGACAACCCUGUAGUUUCCCUCGACUACGGAUCCUUCAAAGGGCAAUAUGACAGCACCUACAACCUCUCAUAUUUUCGCAAGAUCCCAUUUGCUGCACCACCAACAGGGGAGAACCGCUUUCGUGCGCCUCAGCCACCACUAAAGAUCACCGGAGACCUCUAUGACACAAAUCAGGACUUCGACAUGUGCCCCCAGCGCACGGUCAACGGCACCGAAGACUGUCUCUACCUGGGUCUAUUCUCGCGGCCAUGGGAUUUAGCCAAGGAUACCAGCAGACCAGUGCUGGUUGUAUUCUACGGCGGAGCCUUCAUUCAAGGCAGCGCGGCAUUCACCAUGCCGCCAUCCUCAUUCCCGGUCCUCAAUGUCAGCAAUAUUAACGAUUACAUCGUUAUCUACUCCAACUACCGCGUCAAUGCCUUCGGCUUCCUACCCGGCAAGGUAAUCAAAGACUCGCCAACCUCAGAUCUAAACCCGGGGCUAUUAGACCAACAAUAUGUCUUAAAAUGGGUCCAGAGGCACAUCCACCAUUUCGGCGGCAACCCCCACAACGUAACAAUUUGGGGCCAGUCAGCCGGUGCAGGCUCAGUAGUCGCGCAAGUCCUCGCAAACGGUCGCCAUGGCCAACCGAAACUAUUCUCCAAAGCCCUUGCCAGCUCGCCGUUCUGGCCCAAGACGUAUAAAUACAACGCACCCCAAGCAGAAGCAAUCUACACCCAGUUGGCGAACCUAACAGGCUGUGCCAGCUACAACCACGCUGAUGACACACUCGCCUGUCUCAAAUCCGUGGACGUCCAGAAAAUUCGUGACGCAAGCCUGAUCAUCGGAGCAAGCAACACUUGGACAACGAGCUCUUACACCUGGGCGCCUGUUAUAGACGGAACCUUCCUCGUCGAGACACUCACAGAUACUGUGAACAGGGGCUCUCUGAACACAGAGUUUGUUUGGGGGAUGUAUAACAGCCACGAGGGCCAGAACUUCGUUCCGUCGGGUCUUGACAGCGCCGUUCUGGUAAAUGGGUUUAAUUCCUCCGCUGCGAGCUUCCACCAGUGGCUUGCAGGGUUCGUGCCUGAGUUGUCGGCCAAGCAGAUUGGUGAGGUGGAAUCUCUUUAUUAUCCCGCUGAGGGGAGCACGGAGACGAUCGGCAGUUACAAUACUUCUUAUAUUCGGGCUGGCUUGGUCUAUCGGGAUGUUGUACUUGCUUGUCCGGCUUAUUGGAUUGCGUCGGCUGCGACGGAGAAAGGGUAUCUUGGGGAGUAUACGAUUUCCCCGGCGACGCAUGGGAGUGAUACUAUUUAUUGGAACAGAAUCAACGCUAUUCAAGAGACUAACCCCGUCGUUUAUGAAGGUUACGCGGGAGCUUUCGCGAGUUUCUUCCAGACGGGAGACCCGAAUGCACACAAGGUGACGAAUGCUUCGCAGCCAGGUGUGCCAGAAUUACAUACGGGCGAGGAAUUUGUCGUUGUGGAUGAUGGAAUUGAGAAUGUGAAGCUUGUCCAGUUAAAGAAGAGGUGUGACUUCUGGCGAAGGCUGGCGAAGAAGAUACCCGUGUGA